UCUUUUAAAAAAAGGAGUCUUUAAACGGUGCCUACAUGUCGAAGGUUCAAACUUCCCGAAAACACAAACAGUUUGUCACCACUGGAGAUAGGGCAAACAUCAAAGAGUGCGAGAAGUUUAGGACAGCAUGGCAUCCAUUUCAACUGAUUCCAAUCACACCCCUCAGCUGCUGUCAGUCGGAGAAAAGGAUAAGAAACGGUUGCUUGAGGUGUAUGUAAAGAGAAGUCUCAGCCUUAACGAUGGAUCUCAGUGUCCUCGGAGACGGGAGGACAGAGCAUCCAAAUGGAUCGCCACCACAGAGCAGAAGACAAGCGAUCACAAACAUACAUCUCUUUACUUGACGUCACAAGCCUCCAUCUCAGAUGAGAACAUUAGAUAUGAGUAUGUCAUUGAACCACAACUGGAAAAAAAGGAGAUGUCUUCUGAGAAGAAAUCUAAAAAGUGGAAAGUUAAAGGCAGUCUGCGUCGCAACGAUGGCUCUAGUGGGUCUCAGAAGUCCAAUGGAAAAUCCAAGAAGUGGUUUAAAAAUUUGGAUAAGGGCAAGGAGACAGGAGGGCAAAGCAAUGAUGCUCCCCCCCAAACAAGUACAGUAACUGUUGGAGAUAUUCAUUCAAAGACGCCAAAGUCUUCCACCGUGGAAAGGAAGGAAAAAGAAGGCAAGAAGACAAAGAAACCCACUGUAUGGAAGACUUUCUUGAACUGGUUUUACAGAGGAAGCAUCGAAAAGGAACCAGAUCAUCAGAGAACAGAAGAACAGCUCCCACUUUCCCAACCCUCAACACCCCAAACGUCUUGUUUGCCUAUAGCUGAUGGUGACAUCAACCUGCGGCGCUCAAAGUCUUUGAAAAAGAGGAGAUCGUCAAAAUGGAGGCGAAGUGGAGAUCUGUCCACUGCAAAAUCUGUUAAGAUGGUGGAACCCACCACCUCGUACUAUGAGAAAAUGUCAGAAGAACUGGAGAAAAUUGUACAUGAAGUGAAAGACAAUCCAGCCGAUGACAAUGCCACUUUUCAGCCAACAGACCAGAGCGGUGUAAUGGUCUCACAAGAAGAGCUUGUCAGGAGAAUCACAGAACUGAUAAAACAUCAAGGGGACAUAAUAGAUAACAGGCUGAAAGAGAACGACACCGUGAGCACUUUUCUGGACGGCAUCACCUAUAGAUCCUUCCAGCAAAUGGCUGAUCAAUAUGUUCAGUUAGAAGUUCCGCAUAAGAAAACCUCCACGCCCGUCGUGGCACCAGAGCUGGUGAAGUUCGCCUUCACUCUGGACUUCACAGCCCAAGUCGCUAAUCUACACCGCCAGGCCACUGGCCACAUCAUGGGCUUUGGGAACCAGUAUCUCCAAGACCGCUUCACUCACAUGAGCGAGAGCCACCCGCAUCUCCCUGACAUUAAAGCAGAGGAUCGGAACACACAGAACUCUGAGCAAGAAUUCAUGAGCUUGUAGAAGCUUAUGGUUUUAAGAUACGAUUUGGUCGAUCGGAUCACAAGUGGACGACGCUAAACGGGGUUGAAAACGCCUUGAGCUUGUCCACUUUCGACCAUUCAACCAGAUUGCUUUCGUAGUGUAGGUGCUCGUGGUCAAGCGCGUUCGGACUGUAGACUGUAAAAACAGAAAAGCUACAAACGACCGCCAUUUUACUAGCCAGGCGGCAUUUUGGUUCAGACACAAAUUUGGUUUGAAGACGUAAACGUAAUGAAGUGGUUUAAAGUGGACAAAAGAGACGGAUUUAAACACCAAUGUGUCUCCCUUGUCUACUGGAGAUCCGAUCAAACAAAACGCAUCUUAAUACCAGGUAAAUAGGGCCUAGUUGUUAGGGUUUUACUGGAUAUACCUUUGAACUGCAGAAACACAAAAAAAGAUGUGAAGGAUUUUAAAUUAGGCACUUUACACACAAAUAGUUUGGGUUUGGUUACACGGUAAAACAUUAUUAAAUUAAUGUGCAAUUUAGGAGGAAAGAAACACUGUGAAUGUUUGUAAAGAAACCAAACUUUGAGAUGAGUGGUUCGCUCUUUAAAUGAACAUGCUAAACUUUAGCAUAUACUCUUGCAAAGUGUACAUUAAAAAACAAACCUGUAUGACAUAAGCUAGAGAAAUCUUAAUGUGGAUUUGUAUGUAUUCUGCAAAUGUUUGCACAACUGCAUUCAUUAUUUUUAUUUAUUUAAAUGUAUUUUUAAUCUGUACAUUAUCCCUAAAAUUUGUAAAGUAUACUCUCUAAGCAUAUUUUAAAUAUGUUGUAAAUGUGUAUGCGGGCAUAUGCAGAAGGUUUACACCUUAAAUAUUAAAUAUUGAAUAAACAUGUUUUGUAAAGUGUUCAUGAUUUCACUUAAUUAAUGCCACUUACUUUCAACAUUUACUAGAAGAGUUGUUAUUAUUUAAUGGACCUGGUCUAACAGUUGUAUUUUCCGUUAACUAACAUUAUACCAAGAUUGAUAAAUACUGUGUUAUUGCAGACACAAAAGGUUGGAUGCAAGUUUUAGCAAGUCCUAUUCAACUUAUAUCAGUAACCACAAAACCGGUUUACCAUUUUGCAGACAAAUAAUCAUAAAACAUCUUUAAACACAAAUGUUUUCCUUUUUUAUUGUAUUUUUACAGGUACAAAAGAAAGAUUAAUCAAAGAGGCCAAAGCCCAUGUCUUCAUCAGACUCCUCAGAUUCUUCCUUCUUUUCUUCCUUUUUCUCUUCCGCUGAAAAGCAAACAUCCAAAUGUCAACUUUCCAGGUUAUUUCUGACUUCAGACAAAGUAUUUUAUCACUGGGGCAAAUCAGCCGACUUCAGAACUUUAGUUAAGUGGAAUGAGGAAGAAAUUGUAUUAUAUAAUCAGAGCCGUAACAAAAAAAUGCCGGAAAACCCCAACGAAAGAGUUAGAAAAUUGUGCAAGAGAAUAUUGUUCUAAAAUUUUAAAUGUAAUGCAUCCGGAAAACUGUAAACAAUGACGGUGAAUAAAAAUAUCCUGAGCAGUUUUAUUCAAGAGAACCUAUAACAUUAAAAUCAUCU